AAAAAAAAAAAAAGAAAAGAAGGAAUUACCUAACUGUAAUCGAAAAGAAAAAACCAACCAGGAUCGAUUUCAAAACAAUGUCCAGCAAUCCUCAGUGGAAAUCUUUCCAGCCGCCGAUCAUGAACUCUGACCCAGCAAUACUCGAUUACAAGUCCAUGGCCAUACAAAGUCCCAAAGCACCCUCGCCCCAAUCCGCCAAUUCCUAUCGGAAUGGCACCAAUUUUAGCGGCGAUCAUUACAUGAACUCUCCUCCAGAUUGUGGCAAAAAUUCCUCGGUUUUUGGCAACUAUCCUACUUCACAGUCGCCGCGAAAUGGAUCCGCCAGGUUUCCUAUCAGCACAUUCACAGGGAUGGAAGGUAAUGUCGGAUACACCGGCGAACCUGCAUCUAACAAUUCAUCUUAUCAGGAUCAGUCCGGAAAUCAGGGGACACGCGAAACGGGAAUCAUUGAAAAAUUAUUGCACUCAUAUGGUUUCAUCCAGUGCUGCGAAAGACAGGCAAGAUUAUUUUUCCACUUCAGCCAGUUUAGCGGAAACAUUGAACACCUGAAAAUCGGAGAUCCGGUGGAAUUCGAAAUGACGUAUGAUCGAAGAACCGGCAAACCCAUUGCAAGUUUCGUCAGCAAAAUUGCUCCAGAAGUGGUACUAAGCGAGGAACGAGUUACAGGAAAUGUUACAACAGAGUUGCAAGCUAGUGGCGACUCACAGGGGCGAAUCAGCUACGAGAACAGAGGGGAGUGUUUUUUCCUACCUUAUACCAAAGAUGAUGUCGAAGGAAACGUCACUUUGCGUGCGGGCGAUAAGGUUUCUUUUCAGAUUGCGACAAACCAACGCGGGAAUUUAGGCGCAUGUCAUGUAAGACUUGAGAAUCCUGUACAUCCAGUGCGUUACCGUGGUGUUGUGUGCUCGAUGAAAGAAAGCUUUGGUUUCAUCGAACGCGCCGACGUUGUAAAGGAGAUAUUUUUCCACUUUAGCGAGGCCAAGUCUUUUAAGGAUGAACUCAAACUGGGAGACGAUGUUGAAUUCAUAAUACAAAGUCGAAAUGGUAAAGAAGUAGCCUGUAACAUAACGAAACUACCACCGGGUUCUAUUGUUUUUGAAGAAAUCAGCAAUGAUGUGGUCAAGGGACAGGUCUUGAAACCUUUAGAAAGGGGAAAUACAACAAGACAUCAAAGUGACCCGUUGCCCGGUCGAAUCCGGUAUCGAGCGCCAGAUCAUUCUGAAGUCGAAGUGCCUUUCGGCGACAAGGAUCAAAAAGGCGAUUUUACUCUUAGGCACGGGGAUUGGGUUCAGUUUAGGAUCGCAACGGACACAAGAGACCAGCUAAAAAGAGCGACAGAAAUAUCACUAUUGCCCGAAUCCUUUACUGUUUCUGGUGAAAGACGGGAACAAGGCAUGAUCGCUGCGCUCAAAGACGGCUUUGGCUUUAUUCGAUCUGUGGAUCGAGACCCUAGACUCUUCUUUCACUUCAACGAAGUGCUGGACGUUGAUAGAGAAAUCACCGUGGGCGAUGAAGUUGAAUAUACUGUUAUUCAAGAUCCCACGUCUUCAUUUUCGAACAGCAGACAAAGUGCGAUUAGAUUGAAGCACCUGCCACCGGGUAGUGUUCAAUUCGAAACUGUCAUAGAGUCAGACGUUUUAGGUAAUGUAAUUCAGAAUACAAAUGGCAACGAACCUGGUCUAAUCGGGUACCUGAAGGAAGGUCAGCAGAAGAGCAUUAUUUUCUUUACGAAGGACUGCGAUCCCAAAAGUAUUCCAAAGCUCGGAGACGAGGUUCAAUUUAGCAUCUGCCAAGUGAAACGAAACAAGGAACUUGUCGCCGUAGACAUAUCGCAGCAAAAUCCCACUCCUGUAGAGAAACCUACCGAAAAAAUAACUGAAAAACAGAACGGAAAUAAAAAGUUAAUUUCCCAAACUUAUCAAGGUUUCAUAGCUGCACUCAAGGAUGGGUUUGGAUUCAUUGAAACGGUGAAUCAUGAGAAAGAAAUAUUUUUUCACUUCAGCAAUUUCGACGGUGAUGCCAGCAAUCUGGAGUUGGGUGCCGAUAUCGAGUGCACGAUUAGCUCAGGCAAUGGUAGAUCCACGGGUGGAUGUGUGGCCGCAGAUCACGUGAAAAUUUUACCCAAGGGAAGUAUUCCGAGGCCAGCGGUGGUUGGCGAAGUUUUAGAUGGAACGAUUCUGAGACCCCUGAGAAGUGCGAAUCCCGAGCAACCUGAGUAUGCGGGUUUAAUCAAGAUCAAUCCGACGACGGAGGACGAGGAGACGCCGGAGUAUGAGUUUGGAAUAAUGGGCCUAAUGAACAAACGGGAACUUUUACAAGUUGGGGAUCCUGUGCAGCUGCAGGUUGAUACCGAGGGACAUGCUUGCAACAUUGUGGCUGUGAGGAAAAAGCGGCGAGCGACGGUGGAUGCUGUUAAAGGUCCUUUUGGAUUUCUCACCUACGAGGUGGAUGAGGGUAGAAAAUUGUUCUUCCAUAUGAGCGAGGUUCGCGAUAAUGCCACGCUCCAGCCAGGCGAUCAGGUCGAAUUUGUCCUGGUUACUAAUCAGCGAACUGGAAAAUCGUCAGCAUGCAACGUAACACGUUUAAGUGAUGCGGUACAACAGCGACCUGAACGUCUGAUAAGUCGACUACGGACAAUAUCACUGGAAGAUGCAGGUCCAAAAUUGACAGUAGUUAGACAGCCACGAGGUCCAGAUGGAACACGUGGUUUUGUUCUCGAAAGAACGCUGCAUAUUCCUGGUGCCAUUCAAGAAUAAAACAAUCAUACCUACAAUCGGUCACGUAUCCAGCUUGUAUGUAUAUUAUUUACUUUUAGACUACGCGUGUCGGCGUCGAGAUUAUUACUAUUAUUAUUAUUAUUAUUAUUCUUAAAACAAACAAAAAAUUACAAACAUAAGAACGUUUGCCAAAUUGAGACUAAUGUGACAACAAUAAUAAUGGUGAGAGUCGGCAAAUCAGGAUGUACAAUGUGUACAUUUCUCAACAAAUGAGUCAAACGAUAGUUUAUCUGAUUUUGAACAAAGCAAUAGAGUUUGAAUUCAGGGUAAAGAGGUAAGUCCGCAUCGAUCAUCGAAAAUUAUUCGUAAUCCAGAGCGUUGUCCAUGUCUAUUAUUUCUACACGAAUACAGAACCACAAAGGGUGAUUUUCAUUUGUACAAGCAUCAGCGCAAAGACUUUCCAAAGAAAAUUUUUAGAAAAAAAGUGUGUACUCUGAAAGAAACUGUUGAUAGAAAGUUUUAAUCGGUAACGCCUUGCAAUAAUAAUUCAUCCAGGCGAUCUUAAAAUUGUGACAAUUGUAGUUUUUUUUUGCAAGUAUCGCCACUUGUUAUUAAUUAAUAGAUUGCUACGUUCUAACGGAAAUUUCGAAUCGGUUGAAAAAAUCCGCUCUGAGUGGAAUGGAAAAUGGAUUAUAGAAUGGGUACAACAAUUUCCAUUAUAAAAAAACAACACACAUAAACACGCCUACACAACUGAAAGAAAAAAAAAGAAUGUCUGUCUUUAUAAAAAUAUACUUACAUGUUGAAACGAUCAUUAUUUACAUGCAUUUCUGGACGUCAUUCAUUUUCUUACCAACGAUGUACAUUAACUUUACACAGACUAGUUAUAUAGAGAAGGCAAGAAUCACUUGACGUUGGUCGAUUCUGAAUUGCAAGAUGCAUUAAGUUUGAGAAAAUGUCUUGAAAGUAUGCGAAUUGUUAUAAGAAUCAUUGUACCACGUCAUUCUCCGACAAGGAGAAUCUGUGAACUUUGUAAAAAAAAAAAGAGUUACGACUGGCAAAUCAAUUGACCUAUCAAAGUAUAGUUUUUAUAUGUGCAGCCCACCUUCACCACUGACAAAAUAUUUCACAAGACCCUUGAUUAUUUUUCUUUAACAUGUCUAAAAUCAUCAGGAAAAAUAUACGAGGGAAGAGAAAAUCGAAUUUUUAGUCAGCGGUGGGUGCCCAUAUAUAAGUUUGUCGGGUUCCGAAAAGAAAAUUAAUUUACUACUUUCUUGCUACCCAGUAAUUUUUAAUUGAAAUAUUUCAGGAUUUCUUUGGAUAAUUAAAUGAUGAAGAGUUUAGAGAAAAAAAGUGGAUUAAUUUUCUUUUGGGGAACUUAAUUGAGGAGACCAUUUUUGGUUGGUCCUGUAUAAUUAUAUAAAUAUACGUUUCCGUAACGGCGUUUCCAAUUUAAUCAGUAAAUCUCCCCAAAGAUUAGCUUUUUGAUCCAAUCAACGAUUCAUGGAAACUCAAGUCAAAACGUGGCGUUUUAUCCAACUUUCGUUAAUCCUAACUUUUUAUUAAAUACGCAGACUAAUUCUGUAUUUGUAAAUGAGGAUUAAAGUAAUGGAGAUGUGCUCAAAAAGCUUAUGAUUCGGAGGAGCGUGCGAAAAGAUUGAUUAGUAUUUUUUUUUCUUCAAGAUUUCAAACAAUUAUUUCCUAUUUGAUGAUACGUUUUUGAAAUUUAAUUCUAGACUUUUAAAGAUUUUUUUUUGUGUUUUUAAAGAAAGAAUACGCUUUUAUUACAGACAAGAGUUGAAGUGAAAAUAUAUGUAUAUGUAUGAAAUAUGAAUUUGUAUACGGAUUUCGUAUGCAUUCUUCGAACCAUGCAACGUUCGUCGGAAGAAUUUCUUCGUGUCACAUUAUUAGCAGCGAAGCUAAUUUGCCUAUAAGAAUAUUAAUGUGGAACAGACAAUAGCUCAUCUUGAUUCCUUAUUACAACUUUAUUCUUCCAGUUUCAUAUAUUCAAAUGUAGAGAAAUAAAAUGAGAAAAGUUGAGUUGAGAAGUGAGGAAUGAAAUUCUCGACUUGAUUUUUAAAUAAUAAAAAAUAAAAAAAAUUGUCGUUUGAGCAAUUAAAAAAUGUAACAGAAACUGGAUGGUAAAAUUGGGAUUAGCUGUCGAGUUGCAAUUGUGUGUACCAUUUUGUAUAUAUGUGUGCGUGCCGUUAAGUUCCUGAUGCAGUCUCGUGUUGUAAAAUCAAAUUAGUAUUAUGGAUUCCAUGAAAGCUAUAAUUGACAAAAUUAUGAAGUAACUAUUUACGGGAAAAGAAAAAAGGAAAAAAAAAACUCGAACAAAACUAUCUUGCCACCGAUACUGCGAGCGAAGUGAUUGUGGCAUUAUUUAGAGAUAUAAAGGAACGGAGUAAUCACAAAUAAUAAAUAACACAAGCACGAUACAAACUAAGCGCUUGUCCCGUGACCCAUAGAUCCAACACAACGUAUGAUUACAUACAAAUAAACAAUGGAAGAAAAUUGGUAAAUAAACAAUGGAGCAUCAGAAUCGUA